AUGUGGUAAUGUCAAUUUUGCACGACGGACUACAUGUAACCGGUGUGGAACAGACAAACCUCUCGUUGGGCCCAAAGUUAAAAAGUCUGGAGUGGAAAUUGGAAAGCACUUGGCUGAGAAAAGCAAAGGUCUCUUCAGUGCAGAUGACUGGCAAUGUGCCAAGUGUGGCAAUGUGAACUGGGCAAGGCGCAAAGAUUGCAACAUGUGUAAUGCUGCACGAUAUGGCCCUAUUGAAGAGCGAACUGGACUUGGUGGCGGUUUCAACGAAAGAGACAAUGUCGAAUACAAUGAACAUGUUUCUGACGAGGAUGAGUUAUAUGAUGAGUUUGGAAGAUUAAAAAAGGGAAAAGUUAGAGAUGAUAUUAAAGACACAACUUCAAGUUCAAUUAAACCUAUUGAGGAUGAUGAAGAUGAUGAUGAGGACGAUGAAGAUGGAGAUCUGUCAAAAUAUCAACUUGAUAGUGAUGAUGAUGAGAAGAGUGGUGAUGACUUGUCAAAGUACCAACUGGAAGACGAGAAAGAUGACAAGUCGGAUCAGGGGAGUAGGUCACGUAAACGACCUGCUUCAAGGUCGAGGUCAGGGUCUCGCUCUAGUUCCAGCUCCUCAAGGUCACGUAGUUAUUCGUCUAGCUCAAGGUCUUCUUCUUCAAGCUCACAGUCACGGUCUCGGUCCGGGUCAAGGCAGAAACACCGUACUCGUUCUCGGUCCAGAUCACCACAUCGUCACAAGCGACAUGCCGCCGGCAGUAAGUCAGACUCUAGCAGGCCUUCCUUCCGGUCUCGCAGCCGCUCCCAUGACAGCUCUCGGGAACGGUCAAGGUCUGGAUCAAGUGAUAAACACAAAUACUGAAAUGAGUGAUGAGGAAGAAUGUGAGAUUUCCAAAUAACAUCAGAGGAUAGUUUUAUGAGUAUCACCUAAUUAAUACUUUCUUAUACAAAGAAUGUGUUUGCACUGUAGUCACUUGCUUGUAUAGCGUGUAAAGUAAGUUGCUUGCGUAAUAGCUCUAGUAAAAAACACAAACGGUCAGAAUAAGUGUUCGGCUUCGAAGUGUUCGGAUAAUUUUGCACUUGUGUUUUCACAAUGGUUUUAGAGUAAAUCGCUGUAUUAAGUUUUAGUUCAGUAUCAGUUACAUAUAGUGAUAUACAUGUACACGGGCCAUUAGGAAUUUGAAAUUUGUGGAAGAUACAUCUAUCGGAUGAAAGUGAUGUGACAGGAUGUUUUAUGAUGUUAUAAAUAUUCUUGGCCUAACAUAGUAAAGUGCUCAUAUAAGGUGUUAUGUGUAUAAUAGUAAGUGUUACGAGUAGCCCGACAAGGCUCUAUGACUGUUUCACUUCUCACCACGUAGUGAGGCUGAGAGGGUCUAUGUCCCCCAGGGUACUGCCGGAACGUACCCUGGUACUAUCUAAUAUGCCGGACCGU